AUGGCGGAUUCUUUUCUCUCAUCCAUUGCUACCUUUCAUACAACCAAAGUAAUAGUCACCGAUCCAACCAAGUUCCCAUUUAUUGGAUCCAUUCCUGAAGCAAUGAUCGGUCGUAUCUCUGCGUCGAGUAACGUUCUCCAACAGUACAGGAAGUGUCCAUCGUCAGGCCCAAGGGAGCUCACGCCAACAAUGAUUCGAUCUAUCGAAGAGGCUGACAAGCCUGCCAAAAGGGGGAAGAAGCUUGAUACUCAGAAGGAUGGACCUAUCUCUAAAGCAACCAAGGGGCAGACCCCCAAGAAACGAAAGUCCGACAAGGAUGAUACGUCAUAG